UUGUACUUUUAAUAAUGCUAGAGAAUCCUAAUUUAUUGUUUUUAUUUUCCCUAUUUUAUGCUUGAUGUGUGAUGUAAGCUGUUUCACACCAUUGCCAUGUAUCUAAUAGCUUCUUUUGAAGGAUGUAAUAUUGAUUUUAGUGCAUGUCCUACAUUGGAGGAAUAUGAAACUGGACGUCUCUUGAAAGGAAAGUAAUUUUCUCGUAUAUACUUUCCUCCUACUGAACAUUUUAUUAUUAAUUUUCUCUUAUCCUCCUUCCUAAGCGCUUUACAAGAUUGCUGUAAAACCCUUCAGAAGGGGGAGAGCACAGACAGCUCAGGGUUGGAUUAGACAGACUUGUUCCACGAAGAAAAAUAGAAAAAAAACUGGGUGCCAGUUGGACAGAAACCCCAAAAAUAUUAACAAGAGGACCAUCAGACAGGACUGACACAUGCUAUGGAAAGCUACCACUAGUAUUGGAUGCCCAGUGACUGGAAGAAUGGAGUUAGGAAAAGGUAAACUCUUGAGAACAGGACUCAACGCCCUCUAUCAAGCAAUCCAUCCCUUGCAUGGCUUAGCCUGGACAGACGGCAGACAAGUUGUAUUGACUGCCUUGCAUCUUGAUAACGAGGAACCCAAGUUUGGCAACUCUGUAGUCAUUGGGCAGUUUGAACAUGUGCAUGGUCUUUACUGGGGACCAGUUUUGGCCAAUGACAUCCCGGCUCUGUUGGCUGUUCAACACAAGAAACAUGUCACUAUCUGGCAAUUAUAUUACAAUGCUUCAGAAAAGAACAAGCUGGUUGUGUCCCAGACUUGUGAGAUUGGGGAUCCCCUCCCUGUACUCCCUCAGGGUUGCGUGUGGCAUCCAAGCAAAGAUAUCUUAGUUAUUCUGACAAAGCGUGAUGUCUUCCUCUUGCAUGCAGUACGUUCUGAUAAUUCUAACGUGAAAGCGGAUAUUAAAAGCAAUGGCAUCAUUCACUGUGCAUGCUGGACUAAAGAUGGCAGCCGUUUGGUUGUAGCUAUUGGAAGUUCACUCCACUCCUAUAUAUGGGAUGCCAAGCACAAAGUGUUAAAUACUUGCACUUUUUGCCCUAUAUUUGAUGUUGGAGGAUACAUAUGUGCUAUUGAGUCCACUAUUGAUUCCCAAGUUGCAGUUGCCACCGAACUUCCCCUAGACAGGAUAUGUGCAUUAAAUGCGGGCAUUGCUUUUGAUGUCCCAGCCAGUGCCGAAAUAUCCAUUUCUCCCCAGCCAGGUUUAUUGCUUAUGGAUGAAGAGUUCUCUAUGGAUGCUGGACGAAGGUCAACAGAUUCUGGAACGUCUCUUACAACAGAUUCUCCAGUAACUUCACCUGGCACGAUUGACCUCACCCACAUUCUCGUAAAUCACUCAAACGCUGACCUGAAUUCUCUUCUUAAUCUAAAAAAGAAGGACCUUCUGACAGGAACUGGGCAGGAUUCAUCACAUUUGAUCCUUGUCAGCUUUGAGAAGAAGGUGACAACUACCCGGAAAGUAAAUAUCCCUGGAAUCCUAGUUCCUGAUAUUCUUGCAUUUGAUCCAAGAGCCCAUGUCGUAGCUGUAGCUUCAAACACAUACAGCAGUGUUUUAGUCUACUCGUUAACCUCUUCCAGCAUGCCCAACAUCCAGCAAAUUCAACUGGAGAAGAAUGAGAGACCAAAAGGCUUGUGUUUCCUGACCGAAAAAAUGUUGCUGGUAUUAGUCGGAAGACAGAAAGCAAGUGACCCAGCUUUUCUACCUUCUUCUAGUUCUGAUAAAUAUAUAAUCCGCUUGAUGGUAAAAGAGGUAUCAUUUGAUGAAGACUCUCCUACAUCUUUCGGAGGUAUACCUAGUGUACCGUCAAACUAUGAUUCUACUGUGAGCUAUCAAAGAAAAAAGAAAUAUUUCGAUCAUCUUUACAGGGAUGAUAACCUUGCUUCCCGUGAGCUAUUACUUCCAAAUACAACUGGCCCUCACGUUCUUAGCAAAAAGCAGUUAAUAGAGGAAAUUAGAAAUUAUGGUGGAGACCGAAGCCCGUCAUCAAGUGCAAGUGAUUUUGAAGACAAAAAGAACACUCUCAUUGUGCACAACUUGGAGAAUGAACCAAAAAAUCGUUCUGUGACUUUAGGCCUGGAGACACAGAAACCUUUCACUAGGCCAAUCUCGCCAAAAUUAGAGAGCCAUGGAUUAACCCGACCUCACAACUUUUCAAGAAACAGUGCCACAGAACAAGACCUCCUUCACAUAUCUAGAAAUCUGGACAGACUGUGCUGCAACUUUGCAAACCUGCAGCAACGUAUUACAGAUCUAGCUGACUUCACUAGGAAUGGCAAAAAGACGUUAUUAACAUACCCAUCUUCAAAGGAUGCUCCAUUUGUCACUCUGUGCUUCCAGACGAGUCAUUCAGAUGGGCCUGCUGUGAGGAAGUGUGUCCUGCUUUAUGAGAACAAGCUGCGGCUAAAUACCAUCCAGGAGCUAUUCAGCUUAUCUCUGGUAGAAAUGCAACUAGGUCCUUCAUGUUGGAUUAUCCUGACAGCUGACGGCGAAGGAUUUAUUCCAUUAACAUUUAUUGCUAAUCAGGAACUGACCGUCAGAGAUGCAAGAAUUUCUGCAGCUCAUUCGCCCAUGAGCACAAACCACAUCAGUCCUGCAGAUCCUUCCAGCAGCGUAACGUAAAACGCGGCGGGCAGUCCGUGCAUAAGCGCUGCAUGGGCUUCUUGUUUAUACCUGUUAAUGUGACAGCUGCAUCAUGCACCAAAUUACAUUUUUUUUCUGCAAUAUGCAACGAUCUUUGUUUAUUAAGGCAUGUUUUAUACCUCUGGAAAUAAGGCAUCUAUAAUACGGUAUUCUGUUUACAUACUUAACUGACGAAAUGAUGGUGCAUUUGCAGGAAGGACGUGAUCUGUAAGUUAUUGGCAUCAGAAGAGCUGAUAGCUUGGAUUGCUAUAGUGUUAAUACAACUGACAAACACAGGACGAGAACAACCAGGGAAUUGAGAUUUCGAGAGAGAAAAUGGUAUCGUUUUUAUGAAUGUCGUGUAAAUAAAGUGCAAUGUCAUUCCUUCUCGUGGUAAAGGAAUACAUAUUGUAAUAUGUUUAUGGAAUCUGAUGCAUUGCUUUAUUGGGGAGAGGGUACAAAUCAAAGUGCAGUUCUAUAUUCAUGGGGUAAAAAUGAUCUGCUACCUAUCUGAUUGUUCUGAUUUGUAAAUUUGAUAAUUGUAUUGGUGAAAGAAAGAUAAUAUAUAUGUAAUAAACAAUGUCA